GGGUGAGGGUUCCUGCCUCCAUGAUUUAUAAACAUCUUCACCCGAAAAACCUAGUACCCUUUCCUACCCUCUUCGUUGAAGCCGACGGUGCCGCCAUCCUCGAUUCAGCCUUAAUUUGUAAGGAUGGUCAGAGUUAGUGUCUUGAACGAUGCUCUUAAGAGCAUGUACAAUGCAGAGAAGAGGGGCAAACGACAGGUCAUGAUCAGGCCUUCCUCCAAAGUGAUCAUCAAGUUUCUUCUGGUUAUGCAGAAGCACGGAUAUAUUGGGGAAUUUGAGUACGUUGACGAUCAUAGAUCUGGGAAAAUUGUUGUCGAGCUGAACGGCAGGCUGAACAAGUGUGGGGUUAUUAGUCCUCGUUUUGACGUGGGUGUCAAGGAGAUUGAAGGCUGGACUGCUAGGCUGCUCCCGUCCAGACAGUUUGGAUUUAUUGUGCUGACAACAUCCGCUGGAAUUAUGGAUCAUGAAGAGGCUAGAAGGAAGAAUGUCGGAGGAAAAGUACUUGGUUUCUUCUAUUGAACAUGGUUUAAAGGAUCCAUUAUGGAAUUUUGACACAGCUUUCAAAUAGAACAGACAUUUUCUCGGUAAAGAAAGAUCGCAUUUUAUAAUUAUUAGAUUUUGUGUUGCCAGUUUCUCAUCUCUUAAGUUAAUUCCAAGAAAAUUUUAUUGUUUCGGUGAGGACAUUUCGGUUUUUAAUUAUAUUGGAAGAGAACAAGUGCUUUUUAAUUCCUCUAA